AUGCGGCUCGUCGUCCUACCUAAAGCCGAAGCCGACGCACUAGACGAACUAAUUGACGAAGCGUUAGACGCAGCGGACCCGGAGGGAGAGAGCGAGAGAGCAUGGCGGCGCUACCAGGAGGACCUAGCCAAUGAGCUGUCCGCCAUGGCCAAAUCCUCUGACCACCUCUGGCAUUUCUUAGACGGCCUUGGCCGGCGUUUGCUGGAGAAGAAACAGGCUCAGGCGGAGGGCCAGCACCGGCCGCUGAAACGAUCUCCCGGGUCCAUUUCCCGAGGCAUUCUGCUUCUCCACGGGUUACUCCGGUCCUGCUCCGCCAAUCAGGAGUCCGACGUCUGCAGCAUGCUUCUCUCAACGUCAACCCGCAAGGACCGACCUUCCCUCGACCUCCCUCGUCUAGCCCGCCGCCUCCACUACACCGUCCCCGCUCCUUCCACUCCCUCCUCCGCCGCUGCUGCCACGUCAGCCUCCGCCGGUGAUGUCAGCGAUGACGCGGCGCUGGCCCGGUUCGCGCACGCGUACUGCGUGUAUCUGCAGGAGCGGCUUCGGUGCGUGGACAGCAUAGGGCUCCAGGUGUUCCGCACGGGAGCGAAAUCCGCAACCGGGGAAGCCAAAAACGGGGAAAAAGUCGCUGAAAACGGCGUUCUGAGGAAUUCGGAGAGUGAUUCGGAGCGGGGGUUGGGUGAAGCGUACUGGGUGCAGCUUCAGUCCGACGCUGUGCUGCACCAGGUGGCGUCGCUCCAGCAGCUGCAGCAACGGCUAGUUGACUGCGCCGCCGCUGCUCCCAGCGGCCUCGGCACAAGCUUCGCAGCACGGAAAACCGCAGCGGGAACAGCGGGGGGAGCAAACGGGGGAGCAGGCGGGCGUGGGAGGGAGAGGGAGGGGGAGGGGGAGAGGGAGAGGCGGCGGCGGGUGGUGCGGUAUGUGCUGGAGGUGGCGUUGGAUGAGAGCUUCCGGGUGUAUGGGUGGGUCAACUACGGGCUCAUUGAGCUCAUGGAACGACUCAGUCGGUUCCCCAAGGAGCAGGCCAUGCGCGCUCUGCAGGUGUGCCAGUUCUCGGUGCAGCAGGGGAAGGCGUUAUCUGACAUGUACACGCGCCUGGGCGCAGCAGGGGUGGGCGCAGGUGUGACCUUCCCCUCUGUGGCCGUUCUGGGGGACGGCGUUAUUGGUAACCUCUCCGCAUCCGUUGCUGCAGGCCCGGAUGCUGCCAUGAGCGUUCCGCCCUCUCCCAUGCACCCUUCUGCUGGUGGUGGUGCUGCUGCUGCUGCUGGUAGUGGUGGAUUCAGCAGAGCCGGGAGUUUUGCUGAUGGCAGUGCUGCUGGUAGUGCGAGUUUCAGAGGUAUGGGACAACAGCAGCAGCAGCAAGUGCAACAUCAACAGCAGCCGAAUCUGGACAGGAGUGACUCUCGCCGUUCUCUUGCUAACACCAUGGUGCUCUUCACUCCUGUCUCGGGCCAACAACCUGGUCAUCCCCACUUCCAGCACCAGCACCAGCAGCAGCAGCACCAAUACCCGCACCAGCAGCAGCAUCAGCAGAAUCAGCAGCAGCAGCAGCAGAUGGGUUAUCAGCACCAGAACCCUCAAGGCCCCAGCCCGUACUACUCCUACAGCGCCUCUCAACCACCACCCCCCCAGCCCGCCAGCCCUGCGCUCUCCCCUGCCGCCCAGCAGCAGCAGUUUGACGCCACCGCUCAAGCGCUCUUUGGGUCGUAUUCCUCGCAGCCCUCUCCUGCUGCUACCUCUAAUGCAGCCGCGCAGAUGAAGUACCUCACGAAUGGUGCGCAGGGAUGGGAGCGUGCGCUUGAUGAUACAGCUGGUGCUGCAGGUGGUGCUUCGGGUGGUGCUUCAGGCGGUGUUGCAGGGUCGUACAUGCCUCCGAGGCAGCAGGGGCAAGGAGGACAACAUGCACCCCAUCUUUAUCAUCAGCAUCAUCAGCAUCAGCAGCAGCAGCAGCAGCACCAGCAGCAGCAGCAGUGGGCACUAGCCGCUCCCGGGCUAAAUGGUGGAAGCGGUACAGCUGGCAGCAGCCCAUUGGAUCAACCACCCAUGACCGCCUUUUCUGGGGGCUGGGACCAGCUGUUACUGGACAGCCUGUAUGAGGCGGCACAGGCACAGAAACACGCCUCUGAUGCCACAGCAGCCAGAUUGGGAGGAGCAGGAGGCAGUGGUGUAGGCACUGGUGCUGCUGGUGGUGGUGGUGGGAUUGGUGGUGCGAAUGGGGAUCCUUUUGCAGCUUCUGCUGCGGUCCCGCCGCCGCCGUAUGUCCAGAUGGCACUUAGAGCGCAGCAGCAGCUGGCUAUGGAGCUUCAGAGGCGCAUGCUGAGUCAGCACGCGCGGUUUUUUGCGGCUGCGAGGUCGGCGGGAGGGGCGGAUGCGAUCGUCCCUGUCAGCCUGUGGACGAGGCUGUCGUGGCCCAACCACGCGCUCAUCCCGCGCAGCACGCUCGCUCUCGCCAUAUUCUCGCUCUCGCUCACCUACAUCGCCCUCAGCGCCUCCCUCCUCGCCUCCUCUUUCAUCCGCUCCUCUCCCCCCCCUGCCUCGCCCAGCAGCACUCCUCAUCAUGAUGCGGCCUCGUCUGGCAACACUCUCCGUGGCCCCGUGCCGCGCGCUCGUCACAGCACAGUUGCAGAUUCAGGUAUGAGCGGAGAUAAGCCAGGUACGACGGAGAUUCUUGGAGGCAUGGACGGAUCAGGGGUAGAGAUUCUACCUGGAGACGCGACGACCCUGGCAGGUGGAGAAGAGGAGAACAAUCCCCCUGAGAAAUCAAAGAAAAUUGUCCCUGGAAAAGUGGAGAAGAGUGGUUUCAGGUGGUACGAGUGGGUGCUGGGGGCUUUUGCAAGCCCUCUGGGAGCUUUCAGCGAGCUGAGGGUUCCGUAUCAUGCAGAGCAGAGUGUCCUGCCGUCUGGUCAAGGCUCCUCGGGUUCGAGACGAGAAGGGCGGGUGGUGGUCUCUGCUACCAAUGGCUUGGAGGCGGUGAUUCGUGGUGAUGAUGAUAGUGAUGAUGGUGGUGGUGAAAGGGACGGAAGGGGGGAGGUUGUUGCAGGAUCGCAGGAGAAGGAGAAGAUGGCUGAUGAGGAGGAGAGAAGGGAGGAAAAGGAGACGGAGGAGGAGCAAGGGGAGACGCAGCUUCGGCACGUCAUGUUCAACAUAGCCUCGUCCCGAGCCACCUUUCCGUACCGCCGAGCCUACCUGCGCAGCUGGUGGCGCCCGGGUGGGCAGGAGGAGGAGAUCCGCGGCUACGUCUGGGUGGAUGACGUGGCAACGGUCCCGCAUGACGUGGCGGUGGACCCACCUGUGAGGGCCAGCACCAACACGAGUCACCUGAGCUACAGGGGCACGGGGCUGAGGGAGUAUCUGCGUUUGGCGAGAAUCGUGGUGGACGCGUACAGGCUGGGGGAGAAAGAUGUGCGCUGGUACGUGAUGGGCGACGAUGACACGUUUUUCAGCCCCCGCGCCAUCACAGCCUUCCUCGGACAGUACGACCACAAGACACCCCUCUACCUGGGAGCACCCUCUGAGACGCACUACCAGAACGUGGCCAACACGCACGGCAUGGCGUUCGGUGGCGGGGGAUUUGCCAUCUCGGCAGCGCUGGCGCGCAUGCUGAGUGAUGGCGGCGCCAUGGAUGCGUGUUUGGAGCGACACGCCACAGUUUGGGGGAGCGACGAGCGGGUCGCUAGCUGUGUUGGCGAGCUGGGGGUGUCCCUCACUCCAACGCCAGGCUUCCACCAGGUAGAUCUGGGCGGCAGUCUCUUCGGCCUCCUCAUGGCGCACUCGCUACAGCCGCUACUCUCCCUGCACCACCUUGACUUCGUUGACCCGCUGCUGCUGCCAGCUGGCAUUGCUGACCGGGCGGACGGGCUCGCCACGCUGGCAGAGAGGAUCCGGCCGGACCCGAUUGGGUUUGCACAGCUGGCAGUGUGCGGGGAUGGUUCCCAGUGGACUGCAGCCAUAUCGUGGGGCUUUGCCAUCAAAAUCUACCCCGGGGCGCGGCUGCUGUCAGAGCUGGUGAGGGCGGAGCGAACGUUCUACUCCUUUGUGGGGAGUGCCGACCCCACCGCGUUCACCUUCGAUACCAGGACACCAGAGGACGAUGCUCCUCCGCACGAGUUAUGUGCCUUGCCCUUUACAAUGUAUGCAACACAUGUGGGGCAAAUGGACGCCGACAAGACCUCUCCUAUCAAGGAUCCAAGUGCUGCUUUGGUUGAGGAGAGCGGCCGGCGCAGCACGGAGGGAGCGGAAGGAGUGGCAGGGCGGCGGCGCAGCGGAGAGGUGGGCAGCGGAAUCGAUGCGGGUGAAAGAGGCGGAAGCGGAGAGUUUGGCGGAGGGUGUGGCGGAGGACGGGGAGGCGGGCGGAAAGGACGAGGGGGACGAGGAUUCAGAGGGGAGAGGGGAGGGAGAGGCGGGGGAAGAGGAGGGAAGGAGAGGAGAGACUCUGCGCAAGAUGGCGUGGGUGAGGGGGGGGGAGGGGUGGCGGGGAAAAGCGACGUGGAAAUGCGCGUCUGUAGGUCUACCAGCGGGAGUGACAGUAACGGCGGCGGUAGUAGCAGCGGCAGCGGCAGUGGGAGCGGCAGCGGCAGUGGCAGCGGCAGCAGUAGGUGGAGCAGCAAGCGAGGCGGCAACGGGAGCCGUGCAAGGGGUGCCGAUGGUGCUGCUGCAGCUGCUGCUGCUGCUGCUGCUGCUGGUGCCGGUGCUGCCGUUGCUAGUGGGGGUGCUGGUAGUGCUGAUUCUGCUCUUGUAGCGUUGGCUGGGAAUGCGGCAGGCAAUCGGAGGGGCCAUGGUUUCGGAAAUGUAGCAAGCGUGGCGAGCGGUGUCGACGUGGCUAGAGCCGUCGACGUGGCGAGCGGUGUCGACGUGGCGAGAGGAGGGGCAGGAACGCGAGGUGCUUUGAGUAUUUUAACCAAGGGAGCAGCUGGAGAGGGGGGUGCGGCCGGGGGAACAGCAGGCGGGGGGGCAGCGGGCGGGGGAGAGUGGGCGGAUCCGCUCUCCUUUCCCCUCUCACUGCCCCUCUCCCUCCCCCUCUCCCCCUCUAUGGGUUUCUCCCCCCACUCUCUCCCUUCCUCCUCCGCCUCCUCCCCCUUCUCCUUCUCCUCCGCCCCAACCUCCCCGUUCUCCGCCUCCUCCCCGUCUACCAACCCCUCCUCCCCUCGCUCCCCCUGCUCCUCCUCCCCCCCUGCUCUUUCUUCCAGAAACAACUCUGCGAGUGCCGCUACUGCCGCUACUGCCGCUGCUGCUGCCCCUGCUUCCGCUGGUUCUGCUGCCGUCACUUCUGCCGCUCCCAAACCAAUCGCACACUCCCCUCUCACUCCCGACCCAGCUCGUCACCUCUUCCGAGCCUCCCCCGUCCUCCCAAGCCGCCUCCUCUCCCCGAGCCUAUCCCCCCGCUCCGCCAGCGCGCAGGCGUCUCCCAGGGGGUGGGGGAGAGCGGUUAGAGCGCAGUGGGAUUACCCUAGGGGCAACGCGGAAACAGGGGGGACGAGCCCCUCCUGUUCCACCAGUGCGCAAGUAGCGUCCACUAGAGGGGGAGGGGCAGAUAGGACGCAGGGGGAGCGCGCCAGAGGCAGCGCGGAAGCACAGGGGGAAAGAUCCCCCUGUUCUGCCAGUGCGCAGGUAGAGACGACUGGAGGGCGAGGCGGGGGCAGGGCAGAGGGGGAAUGCGCCAGAGGCAGCGCGGAAGCACAGGGGGCAAUCUCCCCCCGUUCCGCCAUUGCAAACUUCUCCCCCCGCUACGCUGCACAACUUACCCCUUUGCACCGCACUCCACACCCUUCAACCGCGUCCUCCCUGCCCCUUACCUCUGGCAACCGCUCCUCCUCUCCUCACGUUCGCUCGCCCCGCCCCUUGUCAUCCCAACCGCCCUCUCCCCACCCGCCCUCCCCCCACCUCCCCUCUCCUCACCCCCCGUCUCCCCAGUCCUCCGCUCUCCCCCCCCUUUCCCCCCGCGCCACACAUGAGGCGCCCCCGAAGUCCCCCCGCGCCACACAUGAGCCGCCCCCGAAGUCCCCCCGCGCCACACAUGAGGCGCCUCUGAAAUCCCCCCGCGCUAUAUGCAACCCCGCCCGUUUCCCCCACACGUCCGUUCACUCGUCUCACACGUCCUCCCCCUCUCACACGCCAACCUCCUCUCAAGCAUCUGAGCUUCCUCGAAACCCCCCUUCUGCCCGCUUGGCCCUUCGCUCCCACUCCUCUUCCGCACUGCUUUCCCCCUUUCCUGGCAAACCCCUGUCCUCACCCAUCUCUCCCUCCCUCCCCUCCUCCCCGUUCCCCUCCUCCUCGCUCCCCGUUACCCCUGCGUCUCUCUCUUGCUCCUCCCACCCCCCCUCUCCCUCAACUUUCGAAGCGUCUCAAAAGUUGCUCCCUGUUCCUGCUGCUUCUCUCUCAAGCAGUCCUGUUCCUGCUUCUUCUCUCUCAAGCAGUCCUGUUCCUGCUGCUUCUCUCUCUCACUCCUCUCAGCCUCUCUCUCCUUCCCCUCUUCCCUCUACCACUCCGUCUCCCAAGCACCGCUUUACGGCCAGUUCAGAGACCACUGCAGCUUUUGGGAAUGGUGAGAAGCGGUGCGUGCAACAGCAAAUAAAACACCAGGUGAACCCACAGGAAGCGCCAAUCCUGCAGCGUCAAGAGCCAAACCACCACCACCAGGAGCAGCAGCAGCAGCAGCAGCAGCAGCAGCAGCAGCAGCAGCAGCAGCAGCAGCAGCAGCAGCAGCAGCAGCAGCAGCAGCAGCAGCAGCAGCAGCAGCAGCAGCAGCAGGAGGAACAACAGUACCAGAAGCAACAGCGGCAGCACCAGGAGCAACAGCAGCAGCCGCAGCAGCAACAGCAGCAGCCGCAGCAGCAGCGUUUGAACCCAAGG